CUUGUUAACAUUAGCUGUCACGCUCUCUUCGUAUCUCGUUUAUCCUCUCUCUCUCUCUGACACCGGGGAACUUGCUUACGCACUCUUCAGAUUCGAGACAACCCCUGUUCACUUGACGGAGGUGGUUGAUCUUACCAUUAGAUGAUGUAUAGUUAUUGCUUAACCUGGUGUAUCUGAUCUGGGAUAUUUGUUCUGAGAAAAUAUGGCAUUGGGGAAGUAUUCCCGAGUUGGCGGGAGGAAGUCAUCAAAUUAUUGUUCUACAGUUACUGUAGUUAUGUUUGUAGGUUUUUGUUUGGUGGGGGUUUGGAUGUUAAUGUCAUCAUCGGUUGUACCCAUUCAGAAUUCAGAAUCUUCAUCUCAGGCAAUUAUAGAUGAAGUGAAACAAACACUAAAUGAGUCUGAGAACUUCAAAGACACUUCAAGUGAGUUACCUAAGGAUGAAAUACUACGGGAUGGCAAUGAUAUGCCUAUAAAAGUGACUGAGAACUUCAAAGACACUUCAAAUGAGUUACCUAAGGAUGAAAUACGAGGGGAUGGCAAUGAUAUGCCUGUAAAAGAGUCGGAGAACAUAGUGAUGGAUACUCAGGAAGAGAAGAGUGUGACGGAGAGCAAUGAUGAAUCUACUGUGUCUAGCAAUACAGUAAAUGAAGAGCAGGAAGAGAAUUUAGUGAAGGAGAGUUCUGACGAGAAGAUUAAGUCUGAAGAGGAGCCUAAGACACAGGUUGAAAAUGAUGAGGGUGGAAGAAGGUCAGAGGGUGAAUCUAAAUCUGGGUUUGGAGAUUCAAAAUCAGAAGCUGGACGUGGAGAAACAAAUAAAAUUGCACAGACUGAAUCAGAGGGGAGUUUGGGUGAAAACAAAACUGAGUCAGUUGAGGUUAGUCAGACUGAUAGGGAGGUUUCUCAAAAUCAGGAUAAGAAUUUAGAUCAAAAUAUUGGAAACAAUAACAAAAAUUCAGAACAAAAAAUUGGAGACAACAAUAAGAAUUCAGAACAAAAAAUUGGAGACAAUAACAUGGAAAACAAUGAAAAGGUUAAGGAGUCAAUUGAAAAUUUCCCUGCUGCUGAACAGUCAGAUAUUUUGAAUGAAACCAAUACUCAAAAUGGUGCCUGGUCAACUCAAGCAAUUGAGUCUCAAAAGGAGAAGGAAUCACAACAAUCUUCCAUAUCGAAGGACCAAAAUCAUUAUAAGUGGAAACUCUGUAAUGCAACUGCUGGGCCAGACUACAUCCCUUGCCUUGACAAUUGGCAAACUAUCAGAAGGCUUCGAAGUACAAAGCAUUAUGAACAUCGAGAACGGCACUGCCCUGAAGAAGCUCCCACCUGUGUUGUUCCCUUGCCGGAAGGAUAUAGACGCUCAAUUAAGUGGCCUAAAAGCAGGAGUAAGAUAUGGUACUAUAAUGUUCCACACACAAAGCUUGCAGAGAUUAAGGGCCACCAAAAUUGGGUUAAAGUUGAUGGUGAAUACCUUACUUUUCCUGGUGGUGGAACUCAGUUCAAGAAUGGUGCUCUUCAUUACAUUGACUUCAUUCAAAAUUCACAUCCUGACAUUGCGUGGGGGAGUAGAAGUCGUGUAAUAUUGGAUGUUGGUUGUGGUGUGGCCAGCUUUGGAGGUUUUCUUUUUGAAAAAGAUGUCCUUGCAAUGUCAUUUGCUCCCAAGGAUGAGCAUGAAGCCCAAGUGCAAUUUGCUCUUGAGCGGGGAAUCCCUGCCAUAUUAUCUGUUAUGGGCACCAAGAGACUACCAUAUCCCAGUUCAGUGUUUGAUCUUAUCCACUGUGCCCGAUGUAGGGUCCCUUGGCAUAUUGAAGGUGGCGCUCUUCUUUUGGAGCUCAAUCGCGUCUUGCGACCUGGUGGUUACUUUGUCUGGUCUGCCACUCCUGUUUACCAAAAGCUUCCAGAAGAUGUUGGCAUUUGGAAAGCAAUGUCUGAGCUAACAAAGUCAAUGUGCUGGGAUUUGAAGACUAUUAAGAAGGACAAAUUGAAUGGUGUUGCUGCAGCAAUAUAUCAAAAGACAACAUCAAAUGACUGUUAUAAGAAAAGACCUAAAAAUGAGCCUCCACUAUGCAAUGAGUCUGAAGAUCCUAAUGCUGCCUGGAAUGUAUCCCUUAAGCCAUGCAUGCAUAGAAUACCAGUAGACAAGUCAAAGCGUGGGUCUCAAUGGCCUCUGCAGUGGCCGCUAAGGUUGGAGAAACCACCUUAUUGGUUGAAUUCUGAGGUUGGCGUUUAUGGCAAAGCUGCUCCUGAGGAUUUCACUGCUGACUACCAGCAUUGGAAGCAUGUUGUUUUUAAUUCAUAUUUGAAUGGUAUAGGGAUCGACUGGUCUAACGUGAGGAAUGUUAUGGACAUGAGAGCUGUAUAUGGAGGGUUUGCUGCAGCGUUGAAAGACUUGAAAAUGUGGGUUAUGAAUGUUGUUCCCAUUGAUUCUCCAGACACACUACCAAUAAUCUAUGAAAGGGGUUUGUUUGGAUUAUAUCAUGAUUGGUGUGAGUCAUUCAGUACCUACCCUAGAACUUAUGAUCUUCUUCAUGCUGAUCAUCUCUUGUCAAUUAUCAAAAAGAGGUGCAAUUUGAAGGCGGUUAUUGCAGAAGUUGAUAGGAUUCUGAGGCCAGAUGGAAGCCUGAUUGUACGAGACAAUGUGGAAACGAUUAGUGAGGUUGAGGGCUUGGUUAAAUCCCUACAGUGGGAAAUCCGAAUGGUUUACUCCAAAGACAAUGUAGGAAUGCUUUGUGCUCACAAGACUUAUUGGCGACCCACAGAGUCAGAAACCAUUAAGUCAGCUAUUAUCUAAACAUGGGGUUUCAAGUUUCAACUAGUGUCAUCUACUCUCCGUGGCUGCUGGAAAUUUGACAUUUGCUUAUUAGAUAUAUGUUUGCUUUCCUUAGCAGCAGCUCCAGCAUGCAAUAGCUGUAGUUCUGAAAUAGGAAGUGUAAAAUUUUACAGUUGAUCAUUCUUUAACAGCCCUUGUUUUCUUUAUUGUUUCUGCCAUAGAUAUACCCUCCCUAAAUUGGAGGGAGUUCUGAUUGUAUUACAGUAUAUCUUAUGAACAUCAAUGACAAUUAAAUCCAAUUUUGUUACAA